AUGCAACUCUCCUAUUUGAAUUUGAAAUCUGUACUGAAAUAUUUGGAGCCAAAUUUAAGAAUUCAAUUAUCCAUGCGAUGCCCAUCUCUCCAACUUUGUGAGAAAACCUCUCCAUUACAUAUUCGAGAGCUAUGUUGGAACCAAGAAAAUCUUAAAAUCAAUGAGACUUACUACAAGACAACUAAAACUACUAGGAAGGCGAGAAAAUCAAGUCAAGAAUAUGUUCUCCUAGGGCUAGAAAUUGAUGGUCGUACUAGUACUGAACGAGUGGCUUUAAAUACGACUUUCGGGAAAGUGAUGCCAUCAUAUGUGCUGAAAAAGAUUCUGGGAGAUAGGAAAAUUAUCGCAAAGCAUACUUGCAUUAGAAUGGAUAUUGAUGCUUUCCAAAACGCAAGGAAUCUUGUCACCGAUACUUUGGAGAUUUACACUGGAAAUUUACGCGAAACACUGGAAUCUCUCCCCUCGAUCUUCCACCCUUCAACCUUCCCAUUGAAAGCUUUGAGAAUAUUGAGAAAUCUACAUAUCAAACACCCAAUAAUCCAAAAUGUCCUGCUCUUGGUUGUUCCGGAUAUUAAAAGCAUGCGUCUGGUCUUUAAUAAAAGGGUACAUGCACGAUACUUUGAUAUCGGAGAGACCUUCAAGUUCAUUCAUCAUUGCUGGAGCAUGGAAAAGAAGUUGGAACCCAUUUUUCGGUUGGACCGUAUUGGUCUAAAGACGAUGUAAAAGCGAGUUCUGCCCGGCUAUUGAAGUAUUUCGGACCGGCAAUAUCGAGGCGGUUAAUGGAGCCACCAAGUGUUGCCAUGAACAUCGACAAUUUCUCUGAGCUCGCCAUCGACUACGAGGAAUUUCAAGAGGAAUGGAGAUUGAACUUCAAAGUACAGCCCAGAGAAGAUUUUUAA